CAACUAAAAUCUACAGAAACUCUACUGCAGCACAAGUUUGAUAUAAAAAAGCAUUGUGAACUGUUUUUACAAUACUGCAGAAAAAGCAAUGGAAGUGUACACCAGAAGGAUGAACCUGCAAUUCCCAUUGAUUCGUCCAGUAGUAUUAACUCAAAAAUGGUACUUCGAAAAGCACCAGGCCCAUCCCUAUCAGAACGCAAAAUACAGCAGUUCUAAGGGUGGCUAUUCCUCAUCAACAACAUCAUCAGAUGGUCGUUACGAAGGACGAAUGCGAGAUUCCCCAAAUGGCAACUCUUACAGUCCAGCAGCGAGCUUGGGUAUGGGCAUGGGAACAGACAGAGAUAGUCCUCGCAGCUACACAUCUAAACCCCUUUACAAGAAGGAGAGAGAAAAUAGAGACUACAAGUUAUCCUCCUCUAGGGACAAGUAUUCGGAUUGUGCACGAUCCCCAAAAGACAAGAGAAGCCGUGAGAGCAGAGAUUCAGAACACAGGACCAACCACGAUAGGAGUAGUGGAGAGAUUUUACAUCCUAUAAAAUUAUCGUCAAAUUCAUCAAGAGAGUCUUCAUCUCAAAGGAAAUUAUCACAUAAUUCCUGUCAGGAUAAACGUGGUGAUGAGCGAGGAGGUGCAAUGGAACGUUCGGCCAGGUUCGGUGAUUGGUCAGAGCACAUGAGUUCUUCGGGGAAGAAGUAUUAUUACAACUGUAAAACAGAAGUUUCUCAGUGGGAAAAACCACGGGAAUGGAUUAGUCGAACAGAUAAUCGACAACGUCAAUCUAAUGAUUAUUCUUCUAGGUCAAGUCAUGAUAAACAUUCCAACUCGCGGUCAAAUAGCAGUAGCAGUGUGCGAGAUGGUAAAUCAUCGCGUCAAUCCGAUAAACGAGAAUAUUGGAGUUCAUGCAGUGGAAGUGGUGGUGGUAGCAGUAGGGAAGAUGUUUCAGUUAGGGAAAGAGAAAGAGAAAAAGAACGUGAAAGGGAACGAGAACGUGAAAGAGAUAGAGAAUCGUGUAGAGAAGAUACAGGAGUGGAGCGUCAAGCUCAGGACAUGGAUAUCUCACCAGGUGAUUCUACACCAACUUCUGAACCUCUAACAUCUUGCACUCAUGACCCACUGCCGCAAGGUCCUGUUUUGUUGGCCACUGCAUUACCUCGGUUAACGUCACAUCCACCAUCUACACCACAAACACCCGGAAAACUUAAUUCACCGACGCAACAACAAGGAAAUAGUAAUGCUCCAGGGCCACCGGUGUCACUAGCAAAUCUUCCAAGACUUUUAUCCCAAAUCACAGGCAAUAAAGAACAACCUGUCAUUACACCGCAGAAAGCAUUGCAAACACUUCAAACAGCCGCUAUCCUGUUGUCCAGACAACAGUCGGGUAGUGGUGACCGAAAUAAUAGUGGAAAUGAUGUAAUGGUCCCGCUAAAAGUUGAUACAAGUGGCAACAUAACAAGUGAGGGACCACCUACUCCAACGCAUUCGGAAACCCAGGAUUGCAUUGAUGCUCGAAAAUUAACAAGUCCUGGGGGGACGAAUUCUGGAGUGCAAGGUUUAAGCUCGUUGCAAAAUCUUAGCACAUUAGGUUCUCUUGGAAAUUUAAGUAAUACAGGUUUACAAGCAUUAUCUAGAGUACAGCCUCCUUUAACACCUUCUUUAACACCUUCACUUGCUAAUCAUUAUCGGGAAGAUUUAACGCAACACGUGCGUGCCUUUCCUGCUGAUAUCCUUGAAAAACAGGCACAGAAACUUAGCGAGGAAGCACAUACAAUGGGAAGUUUACAGUGUACAAGAGUGUCGGCGGAAUUAAAAACGGCACGAUCCAUAGUGAGGCUGACAGAGAUUCAGGCAACUUUACAGGAACAAAGGAUAUUAUUUCUCCGUCAACAAAUUCAAACAUUGGAGGAGCUAAAAUCCCAAAAUUCCUUCAUGUCUGAUGAUUCUUAGUGUAAGAAACUUUAUAAAGUAAUUAUAAUUACAAUCUAUAAUUCAUGCAAAAAAAAAAAUAAAACAUAAUUAUUAAUAUUCUCAUUAAUAUUGAAUAAUUAAGAUUGUACCUAAAUUAUAAUAUCAUGAAUAGAAACGGUAAAAAAUAGUGAUGAAUAUUAUGGGCUGCCCAGAGAGGAUCGGUUGUUUCGUUUAUCAGCUGACGAAUAUUAUAAUUAAUAGAAAAAAUAAAACCCACCUCUCUGGGAAGCACAAGAGGCCUAUCCACAUGCAAACACAACACUAAUUAAAUAGAAAAACGAAUCUAUUCUAUCAGUUCAUUGCAAAACUAUUCAAUUGUCCACAUCGUCUUGUAUUACCUAUGUUAUACGUGUCAAUGUUUCAUAUCCCAAGAUUAAGCGGCAUUUUAACUAGUUGAAACAUUUUUGUUGUAAAUCUCGGAAUAAAAUUCGUGCCAGAAGUUUUAAUUCAGUUCUUUAUCGCCACUGUCUCACCUAAUUCCCAGACUGUUUUAAAGAACAUCAUUCUUUUUGUUGUAAAAUUAUGAUAAUUUUUGUUCAAUUGUAUUUAACAAAUUUCUCAUAGAGAACAUGAUAUAUAUAAAGAAAAAAAGUAAAAGUGUUUAGAAAAUUUGUAUAAAAAUAUUUGUAAAUAGUUUUAGAGAUUUACAAUAACUUAAUCUAUGUUAUUCUUGUAAGGAGAAUGCACGAUCUGUGGAACACCAAUUUAGUUGAAACUUAGCAUAAUUGUAGAAAAUCCUAACUGUGAUAAAUUUUGCAAAAUUAUAGCGUGCACUUACUUUGAAUAAGGAAGAAAUUUUAGUAAAAAAAUGUUUAAAUUUAGAAAUUUAAAAAUCUGAAAAUUUAGUAAUUUAAAAAAUUGGAUUAACGAAUAUCUUACCAUGGGAGUAAAAACCUUUACAUAAAUUUCUUUUCUAUUUCGGAGAAGCGCACACUAUGAUUUUGCAAAAUUAAUACUUUUUGAAUGUUAUAAUUAUGCUAAAGUUCGUGCGCUUCCCUUCUCAGUGCUUUUAAAAAGUACUGUUAAAGGUAUAUUGCUAAAGCAAAUUGUAUAGAAUGUGCCAAAAUCGGAUAAAUAAGUAAAACACUUAAUGUAUCUUAAUCGUAAAUAAUUUUUAUUUUCUGCAUAGCUCCUCAUACAGUUGUACAACAUAAGAAAAUGAAUUGCCUUAUAUCAUUGCAUUAGCUCUUGCAAGCGAAAACUGAAAUAUGUAGUAGACCAUGUGAUCCUUAGAAUUUUUAAUUAAUAUGUAUAUUUAUAUAUAUUGAAUUAGAAUUUUUAAUUAAUAAUCACUGAGCUAUUUUAAUGUGGAAUAAAACUUGAAUUUUCAAUCACUUAUAUUUUGCCCACUCUAUUUUCAUCCAAAAACACUAUGAAAAGAUCAGUUUCUCUUACUUCUGUACUUUGAAGUAAUAUUAUGUGCUUAAAAAUAAAAUUAUUUUCACUGAAAACACGUAGAACGAGUAUAUAUAUUGUUCAGGAUGAUAAAACCACGAAUACUACAGUAAGUUAUCAUAUGGAUUUCUUAUUUUGUAUAUUUCUUUAAGGAACUGUUAAGGAGUGAGCUUAAUACUUACAGAAAUAAAAAGCAACAUGAAACCUAAUCAUGAAAUGAAUACAUUUGAUUGAAGAAUUCGAGACUGCGACUGAAUUCUAACAUUUCUUUUCAAAUUACUUUCUGAAUACAAACCAAGAAGCUUGCACGAAGUACUGCGCACAAGUUUGUUCUCAUACCAUCUGUUUAAAUUAUUAACUAAAGAAAGAAUUAAGUUUUAAGUAUGAUUAUUUUGUAUUGUAAUCAAACUUCUUGGUUCGCAUUAAACAUCUAAAUGCCCUUCUAAAAUCUUUAUUUCACUAGCUACGAAAUAAAAUUGUAAACCCAAAUUAAACAUCAUUGUUCUUCGAUUGAUAUUUCUCAUGUAUCUUAAUAUUGUAUAAUAUAAUUAUUAUGAGUACAGCGGAGGAUAGCAUUAAGAAUAAUAUUGGUAAUAAUGUUAACGUGAAUGUAUCCUGUUCACGGUGUUUCUCAACACGAGCUCAAUAGCCUUCGUCAUCACAAAUGUUAUGCAUCAAAAAGCAACACGUCACAUUUAUUCAAUAAAUUAUAAGAUAUGAGGCUAUCGAGGUUUUAUUCGUAAUUACAUUUAUACACAUUUGUUUUUGCAAAUAGAUGUUAUUUCUGUUAUAUGUAAUAUACAUGGGUAUUUUUUAUUAUAAUCUCUUUUUUAUUACUAUGUAUGUAUGUAUGUAUGUAUGUUUCAAUAAACUAUGUGUUACUAUGCUUAUUUUAAAAUGAAACAUUCAUAAUUUAAAAAUUUCUUCCUGAGUUCACUUAAAAAAAAGAAAAAAAAGGAAAAAGAGAAGUAAUUAUGAUUUUUCCAUACUUCAUUUGUGCGAGUAACGAUUAUCGAAUUACAAGCGAUUUUAUCGGUUGAGAAACACCGAUAAUUCUUUACAAUAUGAUCUAACAUUAUACCAUGUCAUGAGAAUGUUACAAACAUCCCCAUAGCACCUGAAGCAUACAGUGAACAUUCUCCCAUGUACAUUGUAUUUAAUUACAGUCAGUCAUUGGACUUAUUUUAUAACAAACUCUCUCUUUUUUUGAACGUUAUCAUUGAUUAAUAUAUCCUCAAUAUAAUCAUUACAGAUAUCCGUGUAAAUUCAGUACAAUGCAUAAUUUUCAUGGACUAAGAUUAUAAUAAGGCCUCUGAACAUCUGACUCAUUUUUUUCUUACAUUUCAUAACUGGUAGAAUUUUUGCAUAUAAAAAUUUAAAAAUACCUUGGCACUGACCAUCACGCUCCACUUUCAAACUUAAUUUUUCAAUUUUCCUAGUUUUAUGCAUUAUACCGGGCAAACAAAGAUGAUGUAGCUAAGGAACCAUUAACAAUUAUUAUUAUUAUCAGUAAAUUCUUUGUUAAUUGCCAUCUUCUUAUUUUUGAAACAAUGUCAAGUUGUCAAAUAAAGAAUUAAUAACAAAUGUCAUUUAUAAAAGACCAAAUAUUUUACAAGUUAUGAAAUGUUGUAUGUCUAUUGUUGAAUGAUUUUAAUGUAGUGCUCUUCAAGUAUUUAUGCAAACAUAUUGCAAAUGGAGAGUACAAACUGCUACAAAACAAUUCCAAUAUGAUUUGUUUUACAAUCAUUAAUACAUCUAUAUCAUACGCUCGUUAUGUGAUUUUAAGGCCAUAUACGAGAUUUAAUACAAAGAUACUGCCCCUUUUAGGUCAGUAUUUGAUAUAUUUAUUAAUUUGGAAAUUUGUCUAGGGGAUAGACAAAUGGACAACACAGCCUCGACAGAGAAUGUUCACAGUGUAAGACAGCAGCAUAGACAUAUCUCAGCGCAGCCUCACUUUAUCAUUGGUUAGUGCUUCUGCUGGUAAUUAUUAUACAAAUCUAUCAUUUCUUAAAUUACGCAAUACAACUAUGUACGGAAGAACCCUUCGUAGACAAGAUCUCUUUCUUUUUUUACAUGACAAAUAGAUUAAGAGGUACUGUAUGUAUAAACUAAUCAAUUUCAGAUAUCGAAUAAACACAAAUCAUUUCUUAUGUUUUUAUCCAUAGAUAUAAUUUGAAUUAUAUAAAAACAAAAUCAUUUUUUACAUACUUAGUAAUAUUAUUGUAGCGUAGCAGAUAGGUAACAACUACGAAGGGUAUUUGUAAAUUAUCCACAUGAAAUCAAGGCUUUUUUUUUGUUAUCCUUGUUUCUUAGUAUGUACGCAGUGAAACUAAAAAUGCCUUAAAAUCUACAAUGUAAAUAUUAUACAACAUACAAAGUAACAAUAUGUAACAGAGUUGUUUUUUGUACCUAUGUAUCUAUUAUGGCAGAAGGUGGGUCUUGUGCCGAGUUAUUCUUGGCUACUGUCAAUUUUAAGCCAACAUUAUAGAUGUAACUAUCCUAGUCUUAAAUAGGACGUGCACGAUUUCAUAUUAAUUCAUUAAUCAUUAACACGUCGACUAACUACUUUCUGCUUUUAGGGACUUCUAAAAAGAAUGUCUGUUUUACAGUUCCUUAGUAUCUCGAAAACAGUAUUACUAUACCUACAAUUAUUGAAACUAAUAUCACUCUUGGUAAAAUUGCACUCAUUGUAAAAAUCUAUAAUUCCGUCAAUAGUAAAAUACAAAAGUACUAAAAAAAGAAGCUAGAAGUAAUUGAAAACGAACAGAAUUUGACAUACAAAUAGAAAUAUAGUUUCUCAUGUUAUUCAUUAUUUGACAGGUAGCAAUUUAAUUUUUUGUAAUUUAUAGUCAGUUUUAUCGUAAUAUAUUCGGUUUUUUUUUUAUAGUACAGAGUGAUACGUUUUCAUAAUUUAAAUUGCAGAAGUAAUAACAAUGUACGCAAUUGUACUAACUAUAAAAAUACGAUUGAUUUACAAGGAGAGCGCACGACCUUUGAAAUAUUUAUUUGAUCCAAAUUUAGCAUAAUUAUACCAGACUGGAAAAUAAUCAUUUUGUAAAACCAUAGCAUGCAUUUCUUUGAAAUAAAAAACGGGUCUAAAGUUUUUCAGCUAUGGUGUUAACUUUGGUAAACUAAACGUUAUUCAAUUUUUAAGUUUUCAAAUUUUCAAUAAUUAAAAUUUACAGAUUUUCAAAAUUCUUUUUCGUACUUCAUUAGUUACAUAGGAAUUACAAAGCUUUCAAUGUGAGUUUUCCUUCUUAGAGAAGUGCGAGUUAUGAUUUUGCAAAAUUGUUACUUUCAGAAUCCCCUAUAAACUUGCUAAGUUUGUAAUUGGUAUUUCGAAGGACAUUCAUUCUCCUUAUUAUUAACAAAUAAAAAAAGGUAACCCUUUAGAAGUCCCAUAAUAAUUUAUAUCCAUUCAAGGUAUUCCUUGAUUCGUUUUUUCAUUCAUUCUAAGGUAAAACACGCAACAUUACUAUAUAAUUUAAUUCUAUUAAAAUGGCAUUCAGUAUUAUAGGAUUAGUUUCAUUCAAUAUAUAAAAAAAAUAUACAAUUUCGACUACUCGAUGCAAUUGUUCAGUAAUCGUGAGUUUGUACUAUCCGAAUGCCAUUUUUUUUUUUUAUAUAUGAUACAUUUUCCCUGGACUAGUACUACAAAGAUUGUAGAACGGUCCACAAAAUGCUAAUUAAAAUAUAAUUAAUGUCUAUACGCAGUGGGAUUCAUUGAUAUUCAGUCGAUUCACAAUACUCGUAACGUGCAAAAAAUUGAUAGAAACAAUGAAUAAAAUAAUUUUAUUAACUAUGUACUCAUUCACUUCUCGUUAAGCUCCAUCGAAUUCGUGUACCUGACAAUGUAAAAUCGUGUAUUCGGAAUUUGUUAAAAAUAAUUAGCCAGGUAACAAUAACGCAGUUACCAUACAUUCCAGUGUUACAUAUAACAUCAUUGCAAUUUCCUGCAACAUUGUUUUCUUUUACAAAAAAAUAAUUUUCAAUCGUUUUAUUUCACCAGUGUUCAGUACAUUUUUUUUCUUCAAUUACAAAAACAUUGUCACGAGUUGUGAAUGACUUGUACUUACCUGAGGGAUACAUUCCCACUUGUUUUCCUCAAUAAACUGCACUUAUGUAGUGCAUUAUUAAG